AUGAAUAAUACUGCAUUUGAAGUAACCAUAGUUUUUACAGCUUAUCAGUCAAUUGAUUCUGCUAAAAAUGCAUUUAUACUUGUUAUUUUUUUGGUAUAUGCUGCCACAGUUUUAGCAAGCAUUGUUCUGAUGAUUAUUAUUUGCUCAGAAUCAAGUCUUCAUAAGCCAAUGUAUAUAUAUUUAUUCAAUCUGGUAUGCAUUGGACUAACUGGAAGCACCUCAGUUUGGCCAAAGGUUAUGUCGAACCUUGUUAGUGACCAUCAGACAAGUUCAUAUAGCGGAUGUCUUCUUCAAGUGUUUCUUCUUAGUUUCUAUGCAGCUGACACCUUUGUGGUUCUAGCAGUCAUGGCCUAUGACAGGUAUGUGUCUAUCUGUAAACCACUACAGUAUCACGCAAUCAUGACACAAUAUAGAGUCAAGCAACUGUUAGUAGUAAGCAAUCUUGUCCCGGUUUUCUUUGUUGCAGUUCAAGUAUUUCUGACCUCAAGAAUCCCUGUAUGCAAAUAUUCUCUUCCUAGGCUAUUUUGUGACAAUCUUUCAGUUUCCAAUCUCUCAUGUGGAAAUAGCAGUUUAAGAUUUUUAAGUAAUCUGUAUGGUAUUUUUGUUAUUGUGUCUUUAGUUGUGUUGCCUCUAUGUCUUAUUUUGCUUUCUUAUGCCAAAAUUAUCUCUGUAAGUCUCCGUGUGUCAAAAGAUGCAAAGAGGAAAGCAAUUAGUACAUGCACUCCUCAUCUAGUUGUAUUUAUAAACUUUUCUGCUGCAAGUGUUUUUACGGUUGUAUAUAACAGAAUCAAUUCUUACAUACUAAGUGAGAUGAAUAUAUUUGUGGCAUUUCAGAUAGUUUUAAUACCCCCACUCCUGCAUCCAGUAAUCUAUGGAAUAAGAACCAAAGAAAUCAGAAAGUGUUUUUCAAAGACAAUGAGAAGAAGAAUGUCUCCCUUUGCCAUUUUUCAUUUAAAUUCCAAAUUACAAAGCUUUGUGGUCGAGGAUGGUGCAGCUGCCAUACCAGGCCGCGAUGCCACCAGUCGGCAUACUCUUGAUGGUACACCUGUAGAAGACGGCGAUGCAGCUGCUGUACCAGGCUGUGAUGCUGCCAGUUGGGAUACUCUUGAUGGUACGCCUGUAGAAGUUUGUGAGUAUCCAGGAAUCCAUGCCAAACCUCCUCGGCUGCUGGAGGAAGAAGACCUGCUGUCUCACUGCCUUCAUGACCACACCUGUGUGGCAGACUCGUCUCUGUUUGUGAUGCAGCUGAUGAUGGUGGUACCGUCGGCAAACUUUAUGACAUUGUCAGAGCUGUGUGGCCUUGCAGUGGUAGGUGAACAAAGAGAACAGCAGGAGACUGAGCACACAUCUUUGGGGGGGGGCACCAGUGCUGAGUGUCAGUGUGGAGGAGGUGGCAUUGCUAAUCUGCACUGCCUGUGUUGUGCCCGUCAGGAAGUUCAGGAUCCAACUGCACAGGAGGAAUUGAUGCACAGGUCUCGCUCAAACCACUUUAUGACAAUGGAGCAGAAACUCCAGCUUGGUGUGAUUCUCAAAGCAAGCAUAGAAGGAGUUCAGCUGGAAGAGAAGCUGGCACCUCCCCCACGCUGCAGCACUUUCCCUUGUAGUCCGUGA